ACAGUAUUAAAAUAGCAACAGAAAUUAAAUAAAAACAUCAAAACAAAUAAACAUGAGGCUAACAAAAGCCAGUUAGUGACGCACAAGACUGCAGCAAUGCAGAGCAAGGUCUGACAACCUGCAAAUGGCUAAAUAGGCUGCACGUCCCCAGUUCCUUAGGUGACCUGAAGAGUUUCAUUUCCUCGUGGGUCUGAGCAGAAGCAGGCAACACUGAAUGUGAUGUGAAGAGCAGUGAGGUACAGGAGAAGAAAUUAGUCCUAUAGUAUAGCUCAAAGAUGACAAUCUGUCAGCAAGAGGGGCCAGAAAUUGUGCUAAUGGGGGAGAAAUGGCUGCUAGUCCUCAAAGUCUGGAUCGCUUGAGUCCAAAGCUAGAUGAAAAACAUGAUAAAUCCUUGUUUCUUCCUCAUUGUUCAAAUGGUCCUGGCAGUAGCCAAACAGUUCUUAAGGUGAAAAUUGCUCAAAAAAAUCAUUAAUGAGAAGGUCUGAGAUUGUUAGUGCCUCUGGGAAAGAUCUUCUCAUCUGAAGUCUUGAGCGCUCUGCCAACACUGGAUGAGGAAUAUGUCUUCCCAACAUCCCAAGGUAUAAAUUUGAUUGUGACCCAGGCUUGGAGACUCCCUUCUCUUUACCCCAUGCUGAGCUCUGCCGUGGAGUUUAUCUUCACACUUCAGCCUUGUGAGGAGAGCCAAUAAACGGAAGGCAGAGCUGUUCAAUCUGUUUCCUCAGUGUAUGCGUUCGCUCUCAGCACAGGAAGCCCAGUGCGGUGAAGAGACAGGAGGAGGAACUUCUCCUGAGCUAAUCAGUCAGGAGCACCCAGGGUCCGGGCAGAGCAGUGGGGAGGUGGAUGAGGGAACAGAGGCACUGCCUGGGAAGGACAAGCUGCACAGAGGGAAGCUUCUGGGAUCGCAGCUAGGCUUCCAGAGGAUGGAUGGCAUGAAAGAGCUGCAUCAGCCCUGAAAAGCAAGAGCUGCCAUGCAUUUGGUUGGGAAGUGGUGUUGUGCCUUCCUGCUUCUCACCAUCAUCACGUCCAUGGUGAUGCUGGGUUCCCAGGCAGGUAAUACUACUGAACCCAAGACUCAGCCCAAAGAAGAAAACAAUUCAAAUCUCCAGGAGAAGCAAGAGGUCUGCAGACCACAAAGUAUUACUUACGAAAACAUCAGUGGGUCUACUGGUAGCAAGCUUCUGCUGACCUGUCCUAGCUCUUCAUGGGAGAAUUUGAUAAUAGUAACUUGGAAGAUACGACCACGGAAGGGAGCUCACUGCAGCCUGGCCUACAGGGAAGAUACACGCACAGGGAACAGAACAACCUGCAGUGAGAGACUGGACUGGAAGCCUGAACCAGAGCAGAAUUUUACCCUUCAGCUUUCAUCAGUGGAACUCACUGACGAGGGCUUUUACAUCUGUGAAAUUGUAAGCAGUGAUGGGAACUUCCACCGAUGCUACCAUCUGACUGUGUUAGUCCCUCCCGAGGUCACCGUGAAUUGUGACGGAAGUGGCAAUGUGGUGUGCAAAGCAGCUGCAGGGAAACCAGCUGCACAAAUCUCGUGGGUCCCAGAAGUCUGUCACAGCACUAAGGAUGAAUCUCACCCCAAUGGGACAGUGACUGUUCUCAGCACAUGCAUAGCUAACGCCACUGCGGACAGUCAAGUAACCUGCUCUGUCUCUCAUCCAGCGGGAAACCAGAGCCUGUCCAUAGGCUGCCACUCAGGUAAUGAAGCUGAUAAUACAUGGGUUCUCUGUGUUGCCACCCUUGCUGGCCUCAUGAUAGGCAUCCUGUUCCUUUUGGCUUUCAUUUACUGCUAUAAGCUGCAUCAUGGCAGGAUUUGUCAGAAAACCAAAACUCCUGAAACUGCUCCCACAGAAAAUGUUCAGGACGAUCAUGAACUGGAGCUGGAGCCCUAUACCAUAUUUGUACAGAAGGAAAAUGUGAUCUAUAACUCCGUGUCUGACCUAACAAUGAGAGAUAAUGUUCCAGUGCACCUCUGA